AUGGCGACGCCAUCGGCCGCUAAGGCCGUUAAGUCUCUGAACACAUCCCCUGGUCGCCGUCGUUUUGUGUUCAAGGCGUUUUCCAAGCAAAUUGAGGAAAUUGAAAUUGAUGUUUAUCGAAGUCUCGAUCCUCUCAAGGCGGAGCCCUCCCCAGGGUCCACAUUUUUCCGUGACUGCCUCAUUCAAUGGAGGGAAUUAAACACCGCUGAGGACUUUAUUUCAUUUUAUGAGGAAAUGAUGCCCUUGGUACAAACAUUGCCCCAAAUAAUAUUGCAGAAGGAGUUGAUACUUUCAAAACUUCUGUCUUCAUUGCACAUAAAAGGGAGGCUGUCACUUGAGCCCAUCCUCAGAUUGGUUGCAGCAUUAUCUAGAGACCUUCUGGAGGAUUUUUUCCCCUUUCUCCAGAGGAUUGCUGAUUCUUUAGUAUCUCUCCUGAAAAAUGGUGCUGAUAGGGAACCGGAGAUUAUUGAGCAGAUUUUUACUUCGUGGUCAUGUAUUAUGAUGUAUCUGCAGAAAUACCUUGUAAGAGACACUGUCCAUGUUCUCAAAGUUUCUGUAAAAUUAAGAUAUUACCCCAAAGAUUAUGUCCAAGAGCUUAUGGCGGAGUCAUUGUCAUUCUUGUUGAGGAAUGCACCAGUUCAGCAACUUAUAAAAGGCACCUCUAGAAAGCUUUUGAAGGGCAGUUUCACUUACUUCGCCUGGACAUUGGGACCUUAUUCAAACUGGCACCGCAGGCAUUCAUGGGAGGAAUAG